AUGAACAUGCUGGUUCACGACUUGGGUUUCUCUCAUCGAGCCUGCGACCGGUGCCAUGGCCAAAAGUUGCGCUGUCGACGAGAGAAUAAUAGCGACACUUGUGUGCGCUGUGCUAGGGCAGGCGUGCGGUGCACUCCACGGCCCAUGAGGCUGCGGUCUCGAGCACAAUCCGCCAAGAGUACCCAGCAACAGCAGUCCCAACCUCAUGCCAAUGGUGAUAGCACACGACAGCAUCAUGUCAAUCAAGAACAAGGCCCGAAUGAUACGAACGACGAGCAUUCAGACCACUUCGACUAUCUGCCGACGAGCCUGCUGGACAUGCCGACUGACUUGAAUCUUGGUGGAAUGGAUUCCUCCUCGUUACAAGCCGAUAUCCAUCCUGCACUGACGGCUCCGUAUGGACCCGGAGGCAGUCUCCACACGAGUCAAACGUCAGGUCCUCAAGCACCGUCUCAUCUGAGGACCGUUGAACAAGCGGGACAGACGCGCUGGAGUGACGCUCCCAAUCCAGAUACUUCUGACGACUUGUACGACUUCUCAUUACCCGCCACGAUGCGCUCCUCCUUCCCCACGACCUAUCACAGACAUCGCGGAUCUCUGUCUAGAAACAUGUCUCCUCAGCAGGCACACCAGCCAGGUCAAGAUGACAUGAUGGUGGACUUUGAUCAAACAGGAGGAAACUCGAAAGGCUCCGAUGGGAAAGAGUUACGUCCGGACUCGGGCUAUGGCAACGAGCUAUCUCCUUCCGAUCUACUGCGGUCACCUUAUGGGGACGCACCAGAUUCAGACUCGGAGCUGCGGGGCAAUCCACAAGACCAGGAGGAGCCGUCGAAUCCAUUCCCUGAAGUGCGUCGCUCAAAUAUGACGUCCUGGAUCCGUCGACUGUCGGACACCAAUCUGCAGCUUCACCAGCACAUGCAGUCAAUACCCGUGGUUGGUACCGGGCAAAGAACGCAGGGGAGUGGUUCAGGAAACUCUCUGAGCCCUAUGGAACUUCCCGUGGAUUCCACGUUUAAAUUAUCAAGCCAAUACACAGGGCUCUUGACUAGCAUCUGCGCUCGACUGGAGUCAUGCAGAUCAUGCAAUGAUUCUGAGACGCUAGCACAACUCGCAUUGGAUCAACCAUCACAGUUGCUUGUUCUGUCUAGCUACAUGUGCCUCCUUGCAUCCUACGACAAGAUCCUACGGCACAUCGAGGCGUGGCUAGAAGUGCGGCUGAAGAUGGGGGUCCGAGGGAACGCCACCACUCUGGAUGACGACGAGAGCAGCUUCUGCUUUCCGACCCAAUUGCCAAACCUGGCGGUUGGUUCCUUUGAGGUACCCAAGACCUCGUCGAUCCAGUCCCUCGUGCUGACGUGCAUCAUGGAGACCAACGUGAUGCAUAUGCAUUCCUUGAUUAGCGAGAUUAUGCGACCUAUAUCUAAUCCUGUCGCCGGACCUGCGUCAAAGUCUGCUGCCUCGGGCCCUCCGGCCGCAGAGAAGCGCCCCAUGAAUGGGGUUGCGGAUGCCGGUGAUGGACUUUCGACUGUAGCAAAGGUGACCUUGCAGGCGAUUGAAGCCAAUGAGGAUUCCACACUACAGCUUGUGCACACUGUUUCGAAAUUAGCUCUUCAGCGUGUUAUGCUCUGA